AUGUUUGAAACUGUUGUACUGGUGGCAAUUUUGACGAUAUUGUUUACUGGACUACUUUUGGCUGGAUAUAUUCAAUAUUAUGAAAAUGCUCCUAUAGAAGAUAUUAGAAAACUUCUUAAAGAGUCUUACAUUACUUUGGCGUUGUUGGAAUUAUUAUUUGGAUUAUUUGGGCUUUUUAGCUUUAAAACACAAUUAAUUUUACAAUUUCUAGAUUGGUGGUUAUUUUAUCAAGCAAGUAACAAAUACCCAUAUAUAUUUAGUAUGGAUUCCUUCUUUCCAGUAAAAAUGAUUCUUGUUACAUUAUUUAAAGCCAUAAUAAGCAUAAGAAGUUCGUUCAAUAUUCCUUUUAGGUCCCUCAUAUUUCCAUACAUAAUGUCCACAGUUUGCAUAUUACCAUUGUUGUUUGCAUUCUCAUAUCCAUAUGAAGAUUCAAAAUUAGCACAUGUUGUUUGGGACAAAAGCAAUGAUGAAGACAUUAUAACUCGCUUCUUUAAGAUAGCUAUAUCGGAAAGAAGUAGGAAUGACUAUUUGGUUCAUUUAAAGUUACAAAUACAAAGGUCAAAUAAUCUUCAGAAUAAAAUGGAAUUUAUCAAUAUCAAUGGAGAAUUAAGAGUUCCUUUAAAACACGAAUUAGAUGAGUCGCCACAGGACUUGACUUCAGUACCAGAAAUUAUUGAAAUUAAAUUAAUUCUGGAUGCUGCAGGAAUUUGCCAGUGUAUUGGUAUGUUAUAUUGA